GGGAGGUUGGAUCAGCCUAUACCUCACUGCCUCACUGGAUUAUACAAACCAAAAGUGUCCUCAACUCCACCUCCUCCUCAAUUACCUACACGCUGAGGUUACUGCAUGCUGGACGAACAACAACAGAAAAUACAACAUACGACAUCUCAUUUAUUAAAACCAUUGAGUUAGUAGCGUUUCCUGCGCAUCCAAGCUGAAGCCUGCCGAAGUUGGACGCUUUGCGCGCGCGCGUCAUAACAAACUGUCGUGAAGGAACUGAAGAGACGAGAAUGAAUAUAUAAUCACUUACACGAUCUCUAUCGUCAUUUAGUCGUUUCCCAGGCAUUUCGGGAUUAUAUUUUUUUAUUCUUCGGUGAUGCAACGUCGGAUUUUUUCCUGUGUGGCAACAGACCAAGACUGAUUUCUGACGAGACAAGAGAAGAUUGAAAAACUAUUGAGAUCUAACACUGACAAAUGCAUGUCCUAAAUGUGGUAACAGAAAGUUACUCACGAAGAAAUAGGAGGGUCCAGUGUUGCACAUGUAGAGGGGGCAUCAGUAGCUGGUAUGUGCUCAAAGCUCUGGAAUGCUCACAUAGGUUACAACACCAAUACUAUCUCUACCUGCUGCAUGUUUUGCGCUCUGAGAAAUUAUUGCAUUCAAUGCAUCCGGAGCUGACAGUCUUGAUAAACGAAUAACGAUUAGCUCGAUCAGAUCCUCCAAACGGGAUUUCUUUAAUGAAAGAGAGAGGUCAUAUGAACUGCACAGACCUAGAAGUGCGUCUCACGGAAAUCUUGGGUUGCAGAUCUGACGGAAGCACGUGCUAUUCGGUCUCAUCUGCGGCAACGAUGCUUUUCCACGGUUUGCCUGGAGGCGAGAUGCAUGGUGUUAUGGAAGAAAUGGAGCGGAGAGGAAAGAGCGAUUCGGCGACUAUCAGCUCGGCCAUAGAUAUGGGGGAAACAGAGACGAAUAUGCCCUCUAUCAGCGGGGAUCGGGUGGCUUUGUGUGCGGGCUGUGGAGGAAAGAUCUCGGAUCGCUAUUACCUGCUCGCCGUGGAUAAACAGUGGCACAUGCGCUGUCUGAAGUGCUGUGAGUGUAAACUAAACCUGGAGUCUGAGCUCACCUGCUUCAGCAAAGAUGGAAGCAUCUACUGCAAAGAGGAUUAUUACAGAAGGUUUUCGGUGCAGAGAUGUGCCCGGUGCCACCUCGGGAUCUCGGCCUCGGAAAUGGUCAUGAGGGCCAGGGAUUUGGUGUACCACUUGAACUGUUUCACCUGCACGACGUGCAACAAAAUGCUGACGACUGGGGACCACUUCGGCAUGAAAGACAGUCUAGUGUACUGCAGGCUACACUUUGAAACGCUCAUCCAGGGAGACUUCCCCACGCAUUUCAAUCACACGGAUGUAACGCCUAAUAAAGGACUGGGCAGCACGGGACCUCUAGGACUUUCUUAUUAUAACGGCGUGAACACGGUACAGAAGGGCCGACCGAGAAAGAGAAAGAGCCCGGGGCCCGGAGCAGACUUAGCGGCGUACAACGCAGCUUUGAGCUGCAAUGAGAAUGAUGGAGAUCCAAUGGACAGAGACUCUCAAUACAGCACCAACCAGAAGACCAAACGCAUGAGAACCUCUUUUAAACACCAUCAGCUAAGGACCAUGAAGUCUUAUUUCGCCAUAAAUCACAAUCCUGAUGCCAAGGACCUGAAGCAGUUGGCCCAGAAAACAGGACUAACCAAGCGUGUGCUACAGGUCUGGUUCCAGAACGCUCGGGCCAAGUUCAGAAGGAACCUUCUCCGUCAGGAGAACACAGGUGUGGACAAGGCCUCGGACGGGUCGACCCUGCCUGGAGGAACACCCUCUGGACCUGCCUCAGAGAUUUCCAAUGCCUCCAUGAGUCCGUCAAGUACCCCCACCACCCUUACAGACCUUACGAACCCCACCAUGCCAACCGUCACAUCUGUACUGACCUCUGUGCCAGGCAGCCUGGACGUUCACGAAUGCCGAAGUCCCUCGCAAAGCACGUUGACCAGCCUUUUCUGA